CUAGUCUCUCCCCAUCUCUUGCGGCAGAAGCAAAGCGCGGCGGCGAGAUGGACGGCGGCGGCGGCGAGGAAGGGAAGCAGCAGCCGCACCUGGUGCUAGCGCACAAGCUCUUCCUCCUCUCGCAGCCGGACCUGGACGACCUCGCCAAGGUCGGCCUCCGCGACGACGUCCUCGCCGCAGUAAAAUCCGAUGACAUGGCGGCGCUGUACGAGUCGCUGGGGGCCAGCGGCGUGCUGGAGACGGACGCGGCGCUGCUCACGGAGAUGCGCGGCAGGAUCGAGGAGGAGACCCGCAAGUUCGACGAGAAGAUCGCCGAUGCUGAAGAGAACUUGGGUGAGAGUGAAGUGCGCGAAGCCCAUCUAGCCAAAUCCUUGUAUUUCAUCAGAGUUGGCGAGAAGGAAAAGGCACUGGAGCAGCUUAAAAUUACUGAAGGAAAAACUGUAGCUGUUGGGCAAAAGAUGGACCUUGUUUUCUACGCGUUGCAGAUUGGCCUUUUCCAUAUGGACUUUGAUCUCAUCUCAAAGUCCAUCGACAAGGCCAAAAUCUUGUUUGAGGCGGGUGGUGACUGGGAGAGGAAGAACAGAUUGAAAGUGUAUGAAGGCUUGUACUGUAUGGCCACUAGAGACUUCAAGAAGGCUACUAGCUUAUUUUUGGACUCCAUUUCAACUUUCACGACCUAUGAGUUGUUCCCCUAUGAUACGUUCAUCUUUUACACGGUCCUUACAAGUGUUAUCACGUUGGACCGUGUAUCUCUCAAACAAAAGGUGGUGGACGCACCUGAGAUCCUGGCUGUAAUUGGCAAAGUACCUCACCUGUCUGAGUUUCUCAAUUCCCUCUACAAUUGUCAGUACAAGUCAUUUUUUGUGGCAUUUUCUGGCCUGACAGAGCAGAUCAAGUUAGACCGUUACUUGCAACCUCAUUUCCGCUACUUCAUGCGUGAAGUGCGCACUGUUGUCUAUUCACAAUUUCUUGAGUCAUACAAGAGUGUGACGAUGGAAGCAAUGGCUGUCUCAUUUGGUGUGACAGUUGAUUUCAUAGACCAGGAAUUGUCGCGCUUUAUUGCUGCCGGGAAGCUUCACUGCAAGAUUGAUAAAGUUGCCGGUGUCCUGGAGACAAACCGACCUGAUUCACGGAACGCCUUCUACCAGUCUACCAUCAAGCAAGGAGACUUCUUGCUGAACCGCAUCCAGAAGCUAUCGCGAGUCAUUGACCUGUAGGCUUUCCUUGUGUUGGAGCAUCUCAUUGCUAGAACCCUAUUCAAGCUCCCUUACAAGACUUUGUUUUAGCUUUUACAUUUUGCAUAUCAAAUCAGCACAAAGGAGGAGGGUUAGCAAAAGUCUUUUUUUUUAUCUGAGAAUUUGACUUGUAACAUAACUAUUAUGGAUAGAGAUAACUGCAGUCUGCAGAGGAUUGCCUAAAACGACUGCUGCUUCUAUGAUGAAUCCAUCCAUUUAUUUCA